UUACAUAAAUCUCAGGAAUUAGUCAAUUGCCUAUUAACUUUGACAAUGAUCGUUUCAAGAAGCUUCAUUAGUUACAUUUUAAUUUUCGUUGUGAUUAUUUCAGUUUUCACUGAAAUAAGUCAAGCUCGAAGAUUUAAAUUAAGUCUUGGAAAAAUUCGAAGCAGUGGUUCUCGAGGAGGUGGUUCUCGAGGAAGUGGUUCUCGAGGCAGUACCAGUUACAGUCCACCACGCCCAUCAACGCCAGUAUAUCACCCUCCAGUAAAUCAUCCACCAUCAAUUAGCCGACCAGUUCCAAUCACUUAUUCGUCUCCACCGAGUAAGCCAGCGACUCAUUUGCCUUCUAGUCCAAAAGACAGUAGUGGAGCGUUAAUACACCAUGAAAUCAAAAGUAAUUCCAAUCCAUCAUCUAAUCCACCUUGGGCGAAUCCGUCUUACAAACCUUCAGCACUACCUGUAGCACCUCCAAAAAUUUUGCCUCCAAAUUCAGCUUCAAAUAUUCCAAAGCCUUCGGCGCCAUUUGCAUCACAGCCGAUAAUUCCAAAAAGUGUUACUCCAAAUCAAUCAAAUCCUCCAUAUCCAACAGGACAUCCUGUGGAGAUGCCUCAUGUGUCUAAGCCAAAUACAAAUGUUAAUUAUCAUCCUAAUUCUGCUCCAAUUACCCCUCAUCAAGCUCCAAACCUUGGAAAUAGUUACGGUCAUCCACCAAAUUACUAUCCGAAUAAUUACCACCAACCACCUCCAGUUUAUGGAGCACCGCCAGGAAGUCACGGAGGAUACGCUCCACCACCUCCAUACUCGUCUGUUUAUCAUCCACCAGCAGGUACGCCUAAUUAUCAUCCGACUUAUGUCCAUCCUCCUGUUUACGGGGGCGCCAGUUCUCAGCCAUUUGUUCCUGGCCAGAAUGUUGUGGUUGUACCGGGUAAUUCCAAGGGUCCAGGAAUAGGACAGUUAGUUAAGGAAGCUGUCGUUUUCUCAACUGUUAACGCUGGAGUCAAUGCUGCAAUUAACAGAGUUAUUAAUGGAGCACCGAGUCAUUAUUAUCAUAAUAACCCUGGUUACAGCCCUGCUUACAGCGCUCCGAAUUCUCCAUCAGUUACCAAUAACACGACGAUUAUUUAUAAUAAUGUACCUCCUCCCGGACAGAUUAAUGCAUAUCCUAAUGUUAAUGCAGGUUAUGAUCCAAAUUAUAAUAAUCAACCAAAUAGUUUUGCUAGUAAUGUUUCUCCAAGUUUUCCAAACAAUGGAAAUAUAUCUCCCAGCAUUCCGAAUAAUUCAGGAGGUUAUAAUUCACCACAAAGUGGUUCUAACGUACCUGUAAUUUUUUCACCUAAAUUUGGUGAUUCAAAUUCUAGUACAACAAUUUCGCCAAAUUUAAGUAAUCAAACAAGUUUGUAUCCAACUCUCAGUAAUCUUACUGAAAAUCCUAAUAAUGCUAAGGAUAAUUACAAUGCUACUCUAACUCCGGUUAUUCCUGAAAUACAAUAUUACAUAACUGAAAAUGAAUUAUUGAAUUUAACGGAACAUCUAUUUAUGAAGGAUGAAAUGAAUAAAUUACCUAAGGCCUAUGUUCUCAAUUUCCAAAAAAAAGUGUCAAAUAGCUCAAACAUAACUGACGAAGCCACUCAACCGUUGAUUUAUGUGAAGAGAGAAGUGUAUGAAUAUAAAACGGUUCAGUUAGUUCGUGAACUUUAUGAAAAUUAUCAGUUUAACUCUACGAAUAAGGAAAACGUCACGGAAGCAGUUAAAGAACAGGAAAGAGCUUUGAUAAACACAAUUUCUGAUACGAACGUUAUGAAAUCAGUUGCUCAAUGGCUACAAGAAAAAUAUUACGUUGAGCCAGAUAACUACGAGUUCAAGGAUACUUUGAGACACAUUUGGUUCAAUAGAAUAGACAAGUCGACUUCUGGAUUCGAAAGGAUUUUCAUGGGUGAAAUGUACGAUGGUCCAUCGCUUCUUGGAGUCCAAAAUUGGAUCUAUUAUGAUUUUCAAGAGUACCAGAGGAAUCUCAACUACUUGUCCUUCGUGGAUAAAAUUGAUCUGAGCGCAAAUGCAUCUUUGGUGAAAAUUAAUCUGGAGUUAUUUGGUGUCCUGAAACCUAACAUUACAAUGUUGACUGGAAUUUCGCCAGAGUUGGAGAUGGCAUUGUACACUAUCUGUUUUUAUGCUCGGCCGAAUGAUAUUUGUCCAGUAUCUCUAGGAGGAAUUGUAUUUAACUUAUACACUCAUAAUUUCCGGUACUUUGAUAAGGAUGUAAUAGAUCUUGGUUUUAUCGUAUUUUAA